GCAACCUCCAAACUCUUCAUCACGCUCGCAGGACUCAUAUGUAUGGCUCCAAUCAACACUUGCAGCAGCGCCGCCGCUUCUACCGCCUCCAUGGCAACAAGACCGCCAUCACCAAACUUUCCAGCCAUUUUUGUAUUUGGUGAUUCAACUGUAGAUACAGGCAAUAAUAACUAUGUCAAAACGUUGUUUAAAGCUAACCUGCCACCGUAUGGCGAAAACUUUCCCGACCACAUUCCGACGGGGAGGUUUUCCGACGGAAAACUUGUCCCCGAUUUCCUCGCAUCGUUUCUAGGGAUCAAAGACGAUGUCCCGCCGUUCCUGAAACCAAAUCUGUCGGAAAAUGAGCUCCGAACUGGCGUUACGUUCGCGUCAGCUGGAUCAGGAUAUGAUUAUUUAACUACUAGCUUAUCCAAUGCCAUCCCAGUUUCAAAACAAGUUGAGAUGUUCAAGAGUUACAUAAACAAGCUUAAGGGAAUUGUUGGAAAAGAUAAGGGCAACAACAUCAUUGGCGAAGCUCUGGUAAUCAUUAGUGCAGGGACUAAUGAUUUCGUUUUCAAUUUCUAUGAUAUUCCGACCAGACGAUUGGAGUUCGACAUUGUUGGAUACCAACAUUUUCUGCUUCAGAAACUAGAAGAUUUUCUCAAGGAAUUAUAUGAACUCGGAUGCCGAAAAAUGAUCGUAGCCGGACUGCCUCCCAUCGGUUGCUUACCCAUUCAAAUGACGGCGAAAUUUCAAAUUCCAACAAAUCGAAAAUGCUUGGAAGAUCAGAACUCGGACGCUGAAUCUUAUAACAAGAAGCUUGCCAAACUGUUGCCUGAACUACAAGCAAAGCUUCCAGGGAGCAAGCUUGCAUAUGCAGACGUUUAUGAACCAUUAUUUGACAUGAUUAAUUAUCCUCAACAAUAUGGAUUUGUAGAAAUAAAGAGGGGUUGUUGUGGCACUGGAAUCAUAGAGGCAUUAUUCUUGUGCAAUGCAAUGACUCCAAUAUGUAGAAAUCCUUCAGAAUUUUUGUUUUGGGAUUGCAUUCAUCCCUCCCAACAAGCUUAUAUUUACCUUGCCAAUUACAUUAUCGAGGAAGUUGUUCCUCUCUUUGAUAAAUGAAAUACAAAUAAAUAAGAUUAUUAUUUGGUA